GAGACCGUCUUUCUCCGUCAGUCGAAUCUUUUGCCUUAUCUAGAAACUAAUAUGUACAUACCUUCUCUCCUCCACAUAUCUAGUACAGCCUCCCCCAUCUCUCCCCUCUCAAAUUCUCUUCCAUGGCUGCCUCGACUCUUUCCCCUUCAACCACUUCUCAGCUGUGUUCAAGUAAGAAUGGAUUGUUUUCUUCGUCCCAAGCUUUGAUGGUGAAGCCCACAAAAACCCAGUUGGCGAAGAAGGAAACGGGUGUGAAAAUUACUUGCCAGGCCACCAGCAUUCCAUCCGACCGCGUACCUGACAUGGGCAAGAGGGAGCUCAUGAAUCUGCUUUUGUUAGGGGCUCUUUCUCUUCCCACGGCUGGCAUGUUGGUUCCUUAUGCUUCCUUUUUCGUCCCACCAGGGGCUGGUGGUGCCGGUGGCGGUACCAUAGCAAAGGAUGCUCUUGGAAAUGAUGUCAUUGCAUCUGAUUGGCUUAAGAACCAUGGGCCUGGUGACAGAACCCUAACCCAAGGGUUGAAGGGAGACCCAACCUACCUUGUUGUGGAAAAUGAUAGGAGUCUGGCAACCUAUGGCAUUAACGCAGUCUGCACACAUCUAGGUUGUGUGGUGCCAUGGAAUGCUGCUGAAAACAAGUUCAUCUGCCCUUGCCACGGUUCCCAAUACAACUACCAAGGCAGAGUCGUUAGGGGACCUGCUCCUCUGUCGUUGGCUCUGGCACAUGCAGACAUUGAUGAUGGGAAGGUAUUAUUUGUUCCGUGGGUUGAAACCGAUUUCAGAACAGGCGAGGACCCCUGGUGGGCUUAAAGAAACUCCACCUUAAAUAGUUUCCAGAGUCGCCCCGUGUUCAUUUGUCAAUUCCAUCAUUGUUAGCUGCAAUGAAAUGUCCAAAUAUAAUCAUAAAUACCUAAAGCACUAAAAUCUCUAUUCUUUUGAGUAUUACUAAAUUGCUUAUGUUUAUUGUUA